UGCAAGCAGAUGUUCUCUCUCUGAUGCCAGUUCGUACAAUAUUCGCAUUUGGAGAAGGUAUUCUUUCGCGGGAAGACUGUAAAGAGGCGAGAAAAGCUGAAACUGCCUGUCUCGCUGGCCGUGCGAGUGAAAGAGAGGAAAAGAGAGAGAGAAAGAGAGAGAGAGAGUUGUGAGCGGAUAGCAGCUUUGGAAAGAUACAGCAAACCGAGCGAGGCGGCAGUUUAUUUACCACACCUGUGAUGCGUUGUUCUGAGCAACGAAGACGCACGACUGGGAUACUGAUGGCCACGCUACGGCAGGAGGAUAUGUGCUGAGGAAAAGACUUGGGCGUUGUGAAACGGCGUUAAGUGCUACAGAGGACACUCAUCGGACCCUAAACUGCCCAAUCUGUCAGUGUUUCCUCUCUCCUCUCUGCCUUUUCAAACUUCGGUGAUAAAAAAAGAUGAUGAUGCCCUUACUUCUGGGCCCCUUUGUCCGCUGUAGAUUCAGCGCCACGCUCGUCAUGCUCUGGCUCGUCUUCGCAGGGUUCACCUGCAUCGGUUCCGAGCAUGCUGCCACGGCAACACUUCCUGCUGCCUUCUCGGACCUGUUACCUCACUUCCUGGUGGAGCCGGAGGAUGAGUACAUAGUGAAGAACAAGCCGGUGACCCUGACCUGCCGCUCCACCCCUGCCACACAGAUCUACUUCAAGUGCAACGGCGAGUGGGUUCACCAGGACGACCACCUGAUUGAGCGGACGGUCGACCCGGCCACAGCGCUGCCUGUUAUGCAAGUGAAGAUUGAUAUUACCAGACAGCAGGUGGAGAAGAUCUUUGGUCUGGAUGAGUACUGGUGCCAGUGUGUAGCCUGGAGCACCACGGGAACCCAGAAAAGCCAGAAAGCAUACAUCAGGAUCGCCUACCUGAGAAAGAACUUUGAGGAGGAGCCGCUGGGUAAGGAGGUGGCAUUGGACCAAGAGGUGUUAUUGCACUGCCAUCCCCCCGAGGGAGUGCCACCAGCUGAGGUGGAGUGGCAGAGAAACGAGGAUGUGAUCGACCCGGCGAGUGACCCCAAUUUCUUCAUCACAGCAGACCAUAAUCUCAUCAUCAAACAAGCCCGCCUGGCGGACACAGGCAACUACACCUGUGUGGCCAAAAACAUUGUCGCCCGCCGCAAAAGCACCUCCGCCACCGUCUUAGUCUACGUCAACGGCGGCUGGUCCACGUGGACCACCUGGUCGUCCUGCAGUGCCGUGUGUGGGCGUGGCUGGCAGAAGAGGAGUCGGAGCUGCACCAACCCCACCCCACUCAACGGAGGCACGUCCUGCGAGGGGCAAAACGUCCAGAAAAGUGCCUGCGUGGCCACCUGUCCAGUAGAUGGAGGCUGGAGCGAGUGGAGCAAGUGGUCGGCGUGCAAUGCAGACUGUUCAAUGUGGAGGAGCCGAGAGUGCACGCAGCCUUCACCCGGCACCGGAGGCAAAGACUGCCAGGGGCUGGUCCUCCAGUCUCUCAACUGCACCAGUGAGCAGUGCCCUCAGUCCGUGAGCGGGGCCGAGGACGUGGCGCUCUACGUGGGCAUGGUGGCGGUGGCUCUGUGCCUGACUCUGCUGCUCAUCGUGGUCGUGCUGGUCUACCGGCGCAAGAAGGAGGGCCUGGACGCCGACGUGGCAGACUCCUCCAUCCUCACCACUGGCUUCCAGCCCAUGGGCAUCAAGCCCAGCAAGCCAGAGAAUUCCCAUUUGCUUACCAUCCAGCCUGAUCUAACCACUACCACCACCAGUUACCAAGGCACCCUGCGCUCUCGCCACGACACCACCGGCAAAUUCUCCAUGACCAACGGGCCCCUGCUUGACCCCCUGCCGAACGGCUCGCACACUCUGCACAACGGCAAGCUCAACUCGGACCCUGCUGAGUUUGUGAGCAGGUUGUCCACUCAGAGCUACUUCAAAACGCUGCCCCGCGACGUGGCCAACACCUCCUACGGAACCUUCAACUUCCUGGGAGGCCGGCUGACCAUCCCAAACACAGGAAUCAGUCUGCUCAUUCCUCCUGAGGCCAUCCCCAGAGGGAAGAUCUAUGAGAUUUAUCUCACUGUUCAGAGGAAGGAAGAUUUAAGGUUGCCCCUGGCUGGCUGCCAGACCCUGCUCAGCCCCAUUGUGAGUUGCGGCCCCCCGGGGGUGGUCCUGAGCCGGCCGGUUAUCCUCAGCAUGGACCACUGCUCUGACGCCUGCCCCGAGAACUGGGCCGUCCGCCUGAAGAAGCAGAACUACGAGGGCACUUGGGAGGAUGUCCUGGUGAUGGGGGAGGAGCUGGUGUCAGAGCCCUACUAUUGCCAGCUGGAGGCGGAGACGUGUCGGGUGUUCUCGGAGCAGCUUGGCCGCUUCGCUCUGGUAGGAGAGUCCCUCCACAUGGGUGCCGCCAAGCGCCUGAGGCUGGUGCUCUUCUCUGACGCCUACUGCUCCACACUGGAGUACAACAUCAGGGUCUACUGCAUGGACGACACACAGGACGUCUUCAAGGAGGUGAUGCAGAUGGAGCGGCAGCUCGGGGGUCGGCUGAUUGACGAGCCUCACGUCCUGCUUUUCAAAGACAGCUACCACAACCUGCGCCUGUCCAUCCAUGACAUGCCCCAGGCCCACUGGAGGAGCAAGCUGCUAGCCGGUUACCAGGAGAUCCCGUUCUACCACAUCUGGAACGGUUCCCAGCGGUACCUGCACUGCACGUUCACUCUGGAGCGGCUCAGCCUCAGCACCUGCGAGCUCACCUGCCAGCUGUGUGUGUGGCAGGUGGAGGGGGAGGGACAGAGCUUUAGCCUCGACUUUAAUAUUGCCAAGGACACCCGAGCUGUGGAUUCCGAAUUUCUGUUAAUGGACACUAACGCCACAGCCCUGGCAGGCCCCAGCGCCUUUCAGAUCCCAUACCUCAUCAGGCAGAAGAUCUGCAGCAGCCUGGAUGCCCCCUGUCCCAACGGAGCUGACUGGAGAAUGCUAGCACAAAGACUUAAACUUGAGAGACACAUGAGUUUCUUUGCAUCCAAAGCGAGUCCAACCUCUGUGAUUUUGGACCUGUGGGAGGCUCAGCAUUUCCACAGCGGAAACAUCAACCAGCUGGCCACUGUCAUGGCUGACAUUGGCAAACAGGAAGCCAUGAUAUUCCUGGUCUCCGACGGCGAAUGCUAACCCCGCAGAGGAGAGACUGGUGCAGAGUAAAGAGCAGUACACAACAACAACAACAACAACAAAAAAAUCUACAACACAAAAAACAAUAACUGCAGCAGGGGGAAGAAUAUCAGAACAGAGCUGGCCCAGGCCCCCUCCAGUAAACAUGAGAGGAUAGGAAACUAAAGGGUUAAUGUAGGCUGAAGCCCCCCUGUCCCCUUUUUAAGCAUCAAAAUGUUAAAAUGACAGACAAAAUGAGGGAAGAAUUAGGCCGUGUGUGUGUGUGUGUGUGUGUGUGUAAAAUGUAUUUGUGACACAAAUCAAUAAAGCCUCGUGAAAAAUAGGCCUUUAUGCUCAGCCGAAAAAGACAAAGAUUAAUUUUGCAGGAGCAGCGAGAGUGAAACCAGGCGACGCCCCUCGUUCUACGUGAGAUUAAUAUCAAAUUAACUUCAUGCAGUUGAAACAAAUAGGCCUUAUGUAGCCAAUAAGGAGCAAUAUGCAAAAGGUAAUGUUAUUAAAGGACUUUAUUAAAGAGAAAUCCCAUGAAUAAUUUCAGAUUCCAAGAUAUGAGAAGGGAUAUGAGUAAAGCUAAUACAGCUGGUGUCUAGGUGUGUCCACGUUUUCAGCAGUCCAGCCCUGUGCCAGUCGUUUUCAGACAGAGGAGAACAGGCUACUUAUGCAACUGGCUGGUUUGUUAGAUGACAUUACUCCAGACAUGAAACACAUUUCAGCAAGGUCAUCAGGGUCUGCGAAAAUCCUCCCAGUCCACUCCCGAACCCAGCACAGGUGUGCAUCUCAUCGUAUCUGUUUCUUAACACACACACGCGGAUGCACACAGGGAAAGCUGUAGCACAUCAUGGACUUGCAGGUUGAAAAUAGAUUUUAUGUCAGAGCCGCAGUACAUGUCUCAUCUUGUUUGUCUGUUUUUAAGUCAAGCCGGUAUCACUACUGUGAAUGUAACAUCUUGAUUCUGCGAGACGCUCUGCAGCUUUUGUGGCUCAAAAUCAAUACGUGGGGUUUGGGUUCGCUGAACUUUUGAGGGAGGAGUGAGUAAUAUCUUCACUAAAGUCAUAUUUCAAGAAGCCAUUCCUAUUUAAAGCCUGUGACUUUGAUCCAUCCAGUUUAUUUCAGAUCUCAUAUUACCCGAUGCUUCAUUUUAGCGUUUUCCCUUUCAAAGUCCACAGUUUAUGAAGGAGCCAUAGGGCCGAAAGGCAUCCCAGCUGCAUACAUGUGAAUAGUGAAUGUCUUCAAAACUCAUUUCUAAAAUGACAUUUCCCCCUGAUUACAUUAAUUCCACGGGAGAGGAUGUUAAACACGAAGCAUCGCCAAAAGGGAAGUAUACAGGAGAUUUUAUUCGCCUGUAUGAAUAAUGCAGAGCACUUCCCCGAGAAAAUCUGACAACAACAAAUUAUCUUCACCACCAAAUUACUUAACAUUUAAAGACUAGUUAUGCAGCUUUGUUUUUAUAAUUCAUAAGGCACUGUUGGUGGGAAUUCCACAUUUGUUGUGUGGUAUUAGAGGAGACCACACCUCUUUAAUGCCAGAGAAAAGCCUGCCUCUCAGACAGCGUUGGAGUGGCUUGUUCAGAAUGGCAUGCCUCUGCUUAGGAAAAUUGCUUUUUUCUUGCUUUUUUUUUUUUUUUUUUUUUUUGCCAAGACAGCAAAAACAAACCACAAAACAUAAACUGCAACUAUACUUUUUGCUGCUCUGCAUUAAUUCACUCAGCCAUGGUUUUAUUAAUGGAUGUGUCAGGUCGGCAUCCAAACAGCAUCUUAAAUUCCACCUCUUUACUAGUUGUGUCAAAAGUCGUGAUUAAUCCCAAAUUAGCCAUAAUUCUCUCUCCCUCUGCCUCAGGGUUGCAUGUGACGUUGUCUGUUGAAGUUGCAAAGGAAGCCCUCUGCAUUAAAACCCCUCUCACUGAAACAGCUGGCCCACUCCAUGAUACCAGUUCCUAUGGCUCAAACCUUGAAAGACUAACUGGAGUGUAUUUUAUGAUUGUCAGAUAAUGGGAAUGUACAUUUAUGUUUCAUUGUCUUGUAGUCACAAAGUGAGAAAAACAUGUAUCGAGUGUUGAUUUUUUAAAAUGUUUUCUUUCUUUCUUGGUUUUGUAUGGCAUCUUAGCACCUGUAAAAUCUCUCACUCCUUCGCUUCUUUUCAUCCAGUUGAACACGCCUCCCCUUUACCAGUAGUAGGAGUUUUUCGUCGAGAUGCCAUAAAAUUACCAGUCUUACUGUUUGUGUUCCUUGUUGUGAGAAACCCUUGGAUCAAGCCGCUUUUCACGUAACAUGGUGAUGUCACCUCAAGUACACUUUUCAUGUUGAAACAGCUCAUCCUCACAUGUAAUAUGUAAAUACCUUUUCUAUACCAGCUGUGUGCUGUCACUUUACAUACUGUAUAUCAGCAGAAUUGGUAACCAAAGUUUUAUGAAUACCAUUUGAGGCCACUACAUCUUAAUAUUGUAUCCAUUUCGACAUCAUUUAAGCGUUGCGUUUUUAUUUGCAGUUAAAAAUAAAUCAGCAUUCCUGCGUGUCUAUGUUGCAGUUUUCAAGUAAAAUCCUCACUUUCUAUCAUUUCCUUGCUGUUGUCUCAGAAGCAAGUCCAUGGUCUUUGUUCAAGCAGUAAUAUGUCAAAGUUUAUUUUAUCACUUUGUAAAGAAAUGUAAAUUAUAUUUUAAUACGAAGCCAAAAAAAAAAAAAAAAAAAAAAAAAGAAGAAGAAGAAGAAGACACUUAACUGGCGCAACAUUUGUCAAGUCUAAACCGUGACGUGUUUGCCUAUAUACUGUUCUUUGGCGAUCUAGCAGUGAAGACUUUUUGCAGUGUUAAGGGUUUAGAGACUGUUUUACACAAAGUUUCUAUACAUGUUGUUUUUUUUGUUUUUUGUUUUUUUUUGGUCCUUACUCUGCAUACGUCUGCCUGAUUAUUUCUAUAUAAUGUAAGCAUUUAAAUACAAAGCUGGAAAUCGUCACUAACGCUUAGUGAAUCACGACACUGGAACUAUGUGGAGACUAACUGGAGACAGAGGAGAUACAUUUCUUCGACACCGACAGUCCGGUGUUAGCACGGCACGUUUAGAUGAGCCAUUGCAGUUGUACAGUCAGAUUGUGUGAGAAAUUUCAUCACCCCAGUCAUUGUCUCGGAUGUGUUAUCGAAGCACAUGUCAGUAAUGUAAUCCACCAGCCGCCAGGACAUUCAACAUUUAUCUGCAGGCCUAACCUGUCAUAACACUCUGCAAUUAUGUGUGAUGAAUACAAUUCCCUCCAUGAGAAAUCUUGGCCAGAUAGUUGUCUGUACAACUAGUGUCAGUCACACACUUGCUUUGUUCAAGGGUUUAUAAUUUCACCCCUGGAUGAUGUGGGGGGAAAAAAACUAUUACAAUUCACACCUGUACUUAUUUUUGUGUCACUCAUUACUAUUCAGUGUCAAGGAUGUGUGUGUUUGAGUAUGUUUUCAGUGAGUGCAUAUGUGUGUGAGUGUGUGUGUGUGUGUGUGUGUGUGUGUGUGUGUGUGUGUGUGUGUGUGUGCGUGCGCGUGCAUACCUACCUGUCACUCUGACUGAAAUGAGCUUUCUUUUUGAACUGAGAAUAAUAGACUUCUGUACUUGUGAAUGGUUUUUCUAUUUAGUUCCUUGAUUCAAUGUUCCUUGCCUUUCUGCAAGUCAAAAAUGCUGUAUUUAUAACAUGCCACAGCGCUUAUGCAAUUGUAUAAUUCUUUUACUGUUUUUUUGUUUUUGGAUUUGUUUUUUUUUUAACCUUUUGUGUUCCUUAUCGUCAAUGUAAAUUGUUGUCAAAACUUUUGUGGCAAUGGAAAAACUUCUGCUAAGGGAGAUUUUCUGUACUUUUUGGACAAUGAUAUGGAUUUGUGGGUAGAAUUUUGGAAAUUCGUUUCUAAGUGCUUUCAAGUAUUUACUUGGCCUUAUGUAUAUAUAUCUAUCUAUGAAAUUUCAGAAAGGUAUGUAUAG